AUGUACCGUUUGACUAGUAAGAUUUGUAAUGGCACUACCACUACAUGUGGUAGUAGACUAACUACUCAUAUCUUAUCAACAAGACAAUACGCUUCUGCUACAGCUGCUAAAACAAUCACCAAUAACAAGAAUGUCGAAGAUCAAGACCCUCUAGUUAAUCAUGCUACCCAGAAUUCGUCCUUUGAUUAUGAAGGUGUGAUUGAAAACGAAGUCCUGAAGAAAAGACAAGAUAAAUCCUAUAGAUUCUUUAAUAACAUCAAUAGACUGGCCAAGGAGUACCCGAUGGCUCACAGACAAUCCGAAGCUGAUAAAGUCACCGUAUGGUGCUCUAACGAUUACUUAGCUUUAUCAAAACAACCUGAAGUUAUGGACGCCAUGAAACGCGCUAUUGAUAAAUACGGUGCAGGUGCAGGUGGUACUAGAAACAUCGCAGGUCAUAAUAUAUUGACUAUGAAAUUAGAAGCAGAACUAGCUGCUUUGCAUAAGAAAGAAGGUGCUUUGGUGUUUUCUUCAUGUUUUGUAGCUAAUGAUGCGGUGUUUUCAUUGUUUGGUCAAAAGAUUAAAGAUAUGAUCAUCUUUUCAGAUGAAUUAAAUCAUGCUUCCAUGAUUAUUGGUAUGAAACACUCAAAUCUGAAGAAGCAUAUCUUUAAACACAAUAACUUGGAAGAAUUGGAAUCGAUGUUGAAACAAUACCCUAAAUCCACCCCAAAGAUGAUCGCUUUUGAAUCUGUCUAUUCCAUGGCAGGCUCCGUCGCCGAUAUUAAUAAGAUUUGCGAUCUAGCAGAGAAAUACGGUGCCAUGACUUUCCUAGAUGAAGUCCAUGCUGUCGGGUUAUAUGGUCCUCAUGGUGCUGGUGUUGCCGAACAUGUCGAUUUCGAAGCUCACCGUAAAGCAGGGAUCGCCUCCCCUUCCAUAAAGGAUAACAACGGUCAUAAACUGGCAUUGGACCGUAUCGAUAUCAUCACAGGUACGCUAGGGAAAUCCUUCGGUACCGUUGGUGGGUACGUCGCCGCAAACAAACACAUCAUUGAUUUCUUAAGAUCGUAUGCACCAGGUUUCAUCUUCACUACGUCUUUACCUCCUGCAGUGAUGGCAGCCGCCUCCGAAGCAAUCCGUUUCCAAAGAGGUAACAUUGACUUGAGAACCGCACAACAGAAACACACCACGUACUUGAAGAACGGGUUACAAGAACUGGGGGUCCCAGUGGUGCCAAACCCUUCGCACAUCGUUCCUAUCCUGAUCGGUAAUGCCGAUUUGGCCAAGCAGGCCUCGGAUAUGCUGAUGGAGAAGCACAAGAUCUAUGUCCAAGCGAUCAAUUUCCCAACGGUGGCUAGAGGCACCGAGAGAUUGCGUGUGACUCCAACCCCGGGCCACACUGACGAGCUGUCGGAUGUGAUGCUGGAUGCCAUGGAAGACGUGUUUACUGAAUUACAAUUGCCUCGUGUCAAUGACUGGGAAGCUCAAGGUGGAUUCCUAGGUGUUGGAGAUCCAAAUGCUGUUAGGGAACCAAAUCUAUGGACAGAAACACAAUUGAAAUAUACUAAUGCGGAUUUGAAUCCAAAUGUGAAAUCUCCUGUGAUUCAACAAUUGGAAGUCUCCAGUGGUAUUAAGGAGUGA